GAUCGGUGGGGUUGAAGAAGGAUUUGAUCGAGAGAGAGGACUUUUUUGACAGGCGGGGUGAUGGAAGAUUUGAACCUUUUUUCUGCAUUUUGCUGUAAAAAUGUACCUACCUAAACACACAGUCUCUCUCUAGAAACCUCCCUGUCAUUCACUAAUUGUGUGUAUGCACGUCUCCUUCUCUCUAUAUUUAUAGACACAGAAAUAUAGAUAAAAUAUAUAGUCACAGCAAAUCAAAGGAGGGCCAGCUGAGACUUCGCAACUGCAAAAUCCCAUUUUAAUAGAAAUUACUGUUUUACAAUUUUCUUAGAAGAAACAGAGUAAAUUGUGAAAAGGAAAUUUGCAGUCUUUUCUUAGUAGAUUAAAGGGAAAAGUCUAGUUUUGCUCUGUUGAUCAAACUUAAAAAAGACUAUAAGCCUGGCUAGUGGAUGUCUGCUGCACAGCUUUUGAGAAUUCUGCAAACUUCUUCGGGUGAUGUGAAGUAUGAAACCUGUGUGUUUGACACAGAUGAACCGAAGGUGAUCAUGAAGGAAAAUCGGAAUGGGAUAUUAUGCCGUUACGAUAGUUUUGGGAAGGAGGCAGAUACAUGGAUCUUCACAACUAGAGAAAAUUUUCAGUUCAAUAAUGAUCGUGAGGGUGCUACAGAUCCCUUGGCUUCUGACAUGAAGGAUCGAGAACAUUUGCCAAAUAGUCCAAAGCUAGAAUGUUCUUCGAAAGCUAAAGAUUUAAUCCGUACAAAUGAAAUUGAAUCCAAAAGUUCUGAUGUAUCAUCUGUUGCUGCUUCAGAUUUGUCUGAGACAGAUCCAAAUGUGUAUACUGAUAAAAAUAUUGCGGAAUGUGAGUUGUCUGAGUUGGUAAUAAGCUGUAAAGAGGUAAAUUAUCACAUUGUCAAGGACAUAUGUAUCGAUGAAUGGAUUCCAAAAGAGGAGACAAUGGCAGGAGGUGGAGUAGCAGGAUCGUGUUUGGAAAAUACCGAAGACGUUGCUGUUAAUGAAUGUGGGAUGAAAGAAGAAGAAGAUGGCAAAUCACUAGUUCCAGUCAAGCCAAAAUUUGCCUCGAAAAUUUCUUUUGACAAGGAUACCACUGGGGAAUGUGAUCCAAAGGACUCCAUCCAGGUAGGUGUAACGACGGUUGGUGCACCUGGCAAGGUCGAAUGUGAUAUUUCAGAAGGGUCUUUCGUAAAUAACAUGCUUCCCGUGCAAGAAUUUGGUACGCGGAGUUUCCUUAGAUCUUUCCUCAACUCUUUAAACAGUGAGGAAAAGGAAGCUGCAAAACCACUCGAUCAGCAGAUUCCUUCUAGAGAGGCGAAUAAAAAGGUCCAAUCUGGCAACUUAUCAUACAACAGUAAAAUGGAGUCAGAAAGCAUUACAUUCAACUUCAACUCACCUAAACCUGCAGAAGCUUGCAGCAUGAAUGAGAGUAUUGAAACUGUCAACGAACAAUCUAUCGAGUCCGAGGAUAAUCAUUUGGACGCUAGCCCGGUUCAAUGCGCUAUACCCAAGGACAGUGUAGGAAAUGUUCGUGAACAACAUUUGAAGGAUGAUAACUACGAUAAUUCUUCAUCCACUUGCAGCAGGUGUAACAUGGGCAUCGAAAAUGUUAAACAAUUCCUUGACCACGAUGAUAGAUCUGAUAAUCAGUCUCUUGGCCAAGUCUUAUUCACUGGCCGCAAGGACAAAAGUACCAGAAAUGCUCACGAUCAAGCCCUUGAGACGAUAAAUAUUUCUAAGCAUGGGGAUGGAAAUCUGAAAGCUCAAUGGGAUGAUGGAGAGGCCAGCUUCUCUGCAGGAGAUCAUGUUACUUACUCGGGGCCAACACCUUUCUCCGGGAACCUUUCUGUUCGAUCUGAUAGCAGUGCCGCUACCAGCACCCGAUCUUUUGCCUUCCCAGUAUUACAGUACGAAUGGAACAACAGCCCUGUAAGAAUGGCAAAAGCGGAUAGACGACAUUUUCGUAAACACAAGGAUUGUAGAUCUGGCCUUCUUUGCUGUAGAUUCUAAAUGCUUCAAUUUCAUUUCUAGGUUAGUCUAGAUAUACAUGAAAACGAUCAAAUAUUUAAGGGUACAUGUCGAUAUUUUUCUUAGGUUGUGUUUGACUUACAAUAUAGCUUCAUGAAGUCAUGGUUUGAGGUGUGAUUUGAGCUCGUGCGAGGUUUAGAUAUGCUUCAUGAAGUCAUGGUUUGAGGUGUGAUUUGAGCUCCUGCGAGGUUUAGAUAUCAUCUAUUUACAAGUUUUCUUUUGAUUUAUAUACCACAUUUAUUCAUCUGUUA